UUAUGCAUUUCGAAGGUGACGAAGGGCCCACUUUGAAAAGUAUACUUGAAAACCAUGUUGUCCCUUUAGCUGUGAAGACCGGGGAUCGUUGGUUAGCUAGUAUUGCUUUUUGGAUAUUAAACCAAAGGGAUCGGGCUGUUAAAGCUAUUAUGGUACCUUUAGAGACCCUUCUAGAUACUUCCAUAAACCAACCCACCUCUUCAUCGACAAAUUUAAUGAUAUCUACAGAAUCACCGGAUGCUGCACUGAUAGUUCUUUAUAAACAACUUAAAGAAAAAUCUGUUCAAACACUUCGUGGUGCAUCCGAAAUUUCUUCAGAGACCGAAUAUUUUUUUGUACUACGCAGUAUUUUCGCAUAUGAUAGCAUGGGAUGUCCACUAUUAGCUUUACAUCUUGUUAAAACAUGGAUAUUUGCGCCAGAAUCAAUGUCAAAAAAUCCUCGUCACAUACUAAGAUCUAGACGCAGAACAACAAUACUUGAUAUUCCAUUGUUAGACAAUGACAUUAGGAUAUCAAGUGGUGUUGUAAAUUUUAAUAAUUGGAGCUGGGAAACUGGCGCUGAUUCAACUUCCUCUCCAGUCUCUUCUAGGCCAAGUAGUAAAUCUUUGUUCGAUGACGAUAGCGGAAGAGAUAUAGCAAAUGACUUAUAUGUAGAUGAUCCACUAACUUUUCAUAACAACUCUCCUCAAUCCUUUGAUUCUCAGACAAAUUUUUACUCUGGUAGUUCAUCAAAUGAUGUUGAUAUAUGGGGUUGGAAUACCUACAAAAAUAAUUCGCCAAGUAAUAUAAGUGGUAGUUACAAUGAAAAGGAUAAUUUGGCAAAUAUUACCUUGUUACAUGAUACAGAUUUUAACGACUAUAAAGUCGCGCUUGUCAGACGACUAGAACAG